CCCUAAUGAAGUUCAGCAACUCCGCGCUAAGAACGACAAGUUGAGGAUAAAACACAUCGUCAUGGAGUAGCUCGAUAUGAGAGAUGUGGCUUACAAAGAGGCUCUCACGCAAAUGAGGGUCCAUAAAGAAAAGGUGGAUAUGCUUCAAUCCAUGGUGGACAUCCUGCAGAACGAGAGUCAGCAACUAAAAAUGCCCGCUACCGUCGUGACAGGCUUAAGGAAUCGAAUCCAACAGCUACAUGAUGACAAAGACGGCCUUGUCAGAGGAGCGCCAUCGCCUACAGAAAGAAAUGCGCAAGAAGGACCUUGAGCUGGGCUCUGUGAGGACUCUAAAACUGCAACUGAGUGUGAAAACUGUCCAGGUGGAGAAUUUGAGCAGAACGCUGGCUGUCGCAAGCGACAGAGAAGCUGAACAGUCCAAGCAGCUCAGCAGCGCUCUCACCGAGCUCAGGGGCGCUCGCGACACUCAAAGAUGCCAGAGCAAGAAUAUUGCAUAUCUGAAAUCAAAGAAUUCUCACCCUGGAGGCGACGUACAGGUGACUUGGGAGCUCAAGCGAGACAUAGCUUUCUAUUUCACGCAGCUCGAUCUGGCCCACCAGAAUUAUCGUAUCUUUACUUGCUCGCACAAUCGUCUUGCCAACCUACCCGACGGGAACAAAUCCACUCGUCAGCAUGAUGCGAGCUUCACGGCGAGCGAUAUGUUUCGUAACUGGCAACGUGAUAAGGUGUUCAUGGAAGAGUAUCGUCAACAUCGAGCGUAUCUAACCAAACACCAUUUGGCGCAUCAGCAGAAUGAUCCGGGUCGGGGUGAUCAUGCUCAUCAGAUCCAAGAAACCUGCAAGUACCCCAUUACCAAUUCACCCAUAGCUUUGCUGAUCACGACAGUCAUCGCUCUGGAUGGAUAUCGGGGUGUGGUAGUCCAGUACAAGUAAGCGUGACGCUCCCGUACUCGAUGAUCAAAGAAUAAGGCCUGGUGUGGAAACUUAGGCCAACGGCACUGAUGA